UGUCUUGGUAACUGAUAUAUGUGCCCAACCAUGGACCCUCGUCGCAGUGGUCAAGAUGUGUUACGGUGUGAUCUCUGUGAGAACCCAGGUCCCUCUAUGUACUGUGAUGUUUGUCACACAAAUCUAUGUACAGCAUGCGUGGGUGAACAUCUCUCUGAUGAGUUGAUAGAACACAGGGUGGUGCCAUUUAGAAAGCGAGGAUCCACUCUUACUUGUACAAAUCAUUCCCCGAAAAUUUGUGAACUUUACUGUGAAACAUGCGAUGGUCCGAUGUGUUCACUUUGUGUUACGUCUGGUGAACAUGAACAACACAAGAAAAUUGACAUUUUAAAAUGUUUCGAAAACAAGAAAGCGGAAAUUAAAGACGAUUUACAAGAGUUAGAGAAUAAAGUCUAUCUUACAUACCAACAGUUGGCAUCUAAGAUCCCAGUUCAAAAAGACAAAAUGAAAGAAAACAUCCAAAAGUUAAAAUCAGCUAUCAACGAACAGGGUGAACUUUGGCACAGAGGAAUAGAUAUGUUUAUAGAAAAACUUAGAUGGCGACUUGACAAAAAUGAAAGUAAUGUUUUUUCUGCCUUGAAUAGACAGGAAGAUGAAUACACCAUCAGAAUUUCUGAAAUCAAACAAAGCAUAGAAGAUUUGAAAAAACUAUAUGAUUCUAACGAUGUAAGUGUUGUCUCCUUAUACAAAUCCAAAAAUGAUAGAUUUAGAAGAUUGCCAGCUCAGCCAGUGGUGACACUGCCUGAAUUUUUUCCUCAUGAUGUCAACAAAAUAAGAAUACUAGUAAAAGAAAAUUUUGGCUUUCUGUCACCGCUUUCCAUCAAUACUGAAGAACAAGGGUACAUAUUGAAAUCUCCAGGUACAACGUCUUUUCCCUUAGUUAAAACACUUAUUGAUGUACCAAGAAUCAUUGCAAAUACCUACAUUCAGUGCUUAAAUUCUAAUAGUUUACACUGUGUAUGUAGUGCAAAUAAUGAAGAAUUCUGGACUUGUCAUCGUGAUAAUAGGAUAAGGCUCUACAAUUUCCAUGGAGAACUAGUGAAGUCAUUUCAAACCAAGACAGGAAACAGUCCCGUUGACAUAGCAGUGACAAAAAGCGGAGAUUUAGUUUAUACUGAUUUAAAAAAUCUCAGUGUGAACAUAGUAAAGAAUACAGAAAUAUUUGAAGUCGUUAUACUAAAAGAAUGGAGGCCUUUUUAUGUCUGUUGUUCCUCUUCGGGUGAUAUAUUGGUUGUUAUGGACAAUUUGAAUGGAUAUGAUUCAAAAGUUGUACGUUAUUCUGGCUCAACCGAAAAACAAAGUAUACAGUUUGAUGGCAAAGGUCAGCGUCUGUAUUCAAAUCUUGGUGAAUGUCCAUGUUCAUGUUCUAAAAACAUCGUUGAAAAUAUGAACUUAGACAUUUGUGUGGCUGACGGCCACAACAAUGCAAUCACUGUUGUCAACCAUGCCGGUGAACUCAGGUUUCGGUACACGGGAAUUUUUAAUCCUAUCGGCAUCGCUACAGACAGCCAGGGGCGGAUCCUGGCAGUUGAAACCCCUGAGAAUCGUAUCCACAUCCUAGAUCAGGACGGACAGUUCCUCCGCUACAUCGACAACUGUGGCUUAGUGGCUCCGUGGGGUUUAAGUGUGGACAAUGACGAUAAACUCAUAGUGUUGAGGAGAGAUAAACUCAUAGUGUUGAGGAGAGACAGUGGUAAUGUGAAGAAGAUUCAAUACUGUCAGUGAAUAAGUUUAUUUGUUUUAAGCACUGUGUGUUCUCUACAGUCGCUGGUACAUUACAGAAUUUCUUAGUAAAAUACAUUUUUUUGACAAACCAUUAUAAGCUUCUUAUUUCUUCUAUGUAUAUGAUAUAUAUUGAUUGCAUUCACUUAAGUGUUCCAUCUAAUGUUGCUGCUGCUUGAUAAAAAAUAUUUGAUAAAACAAAACGAGAAAAGACAUGUGGACAUAAUAUUUUGAAAUUCUCUGAAGUUUUAUUCGUUGUAAAAUCUUCUUUAAACAUUACAAUUAGUAGUAUUGUGUUAUUUAAAAUUCAUCACAUAUCGUUAUAUCUGGUAAUGCUUAUUUUUGCAAUUGUACUUUCAAAAAUUUCUUUUACAUUUGUUUAAAAUUUUAAUGAAAUUUAUUUUGAAAUAAUGUCCACAUAUAACAUUGAAUAUCACCACAAUAAAAAAAAAUGUAAGACAUAUAGUUAAAUUGAAUUUAUAACCAAAGUUAUACAAUUCAAUUGAAUAAAUCUUUUGAAAUAAACUUUUAACUCAAACAAAAAUGAAGACCCU